UUGGGGUCACUCAGAGGGGUUUUCUUAUCGAUUUUUGGAUCAGUUAGUGUAGACUUUCAAGGAGCUCGGUACUCGUUUAGGUGAAAAGUUUUUUGACUUUCGAAAAUGUCAUUCGUUAUCGAAAAUGGUCCAGCAACGGCGGAGUUGCUGGAAAUCGCCAAAGUUGAGCUCCGAGAAACUCCCGAAGUUCGAACGGCCGCCAUUGAAGAGCUGAGGCAGAAAUUACAGGCGGCCAGCGAUCUGUAUUUUCCAGACGAUGAUGAAUUUCUGUUGAUUUUCCUCCGACCGACUCACUUCUACGUGGAUAGUGCUCUCAAAUUGAUGCGCAAUGCAGCCGAAUUCAAGAAGACGCACCAGAAUGUCAUCGGGAAUGUGAUGCCUUCGGAUCUGCGAAACGAAAUUUUGAAUUACAAUCUGGUGACGGUGCUCACAAAUCGGGACCAGAAGGGACGUCGAAUCGUGAUCAUUCGCAUGGGGGAAGUUUGGGAUCCGAAGGCCGUCCAUGAGGACAAAAUUUUCGGCAUCCUGCACACCAUGCAGAAACUGGCUGUGAUGGAACCGGCCACUCAGAUCAACGGAGUUGUCGUGAUCUACGAUUUCGAGGGGUUGGGCAUGAAGCAGGUGAACGGAAUUUCCACCGGAGGAACCAAGAGGUUGCUUACCUUUAUCCAGGAGGCAGCCCCGGUGCGCAUGAAAGCCAUCCACUUUGUCAAGGAACCGAUGCUGUUCAAUAUGCUUUUUGCGAUGAUGAAACCUUUCAUCAAGGAAAAGCUGAAAAAUAGGAUGCUUUUCCACGGAAACGACAUGAAAAAGUUACAUAAGCACAUCGAUGUUGACUGUCUGCCGAUGAACUACGGCGGAAGUAUGCCACAGCUCAGCUACGGCUCCAAAGAAUGGUAUCCCGAGAUGGAGAGGCACAGUGACUUCAUCCAGAAAUUCAACUCUGGAGGCUUCAAGCAAUGAGUUUUCAUAUCGAAC